AUGGAUUGGAACGAUCUCAAAAGCACGGUGUCGAACCUGACAUUGUACGAUGUCAAGGCCGGCGUGCGCAAGGUCCAGAAUGCUGUCAUGAACUAUACCGAGAUGGAGUCGAAGGUCCGGGAAGCCACAAAUAACGAACCAUGGGGCGCAUCCUCUUCUCUGAUGCAAGAGAUUGCAAACGGCACAUUCAAUUACCAAACACUUAACGAAAUCAUGCCCAUGAUCUACCGCCGCUUCACUGAAAAGACGGCAGAGGAAUGGCGACAGAUCUACAAGGCCCUCCAGCUUCUCGAGUUUCUCAUCAAACACGGCUCUGAACGCGUCAUCGACGAUGCCCGCUCACACCUCACGCUUUUGAAGAUGCUGCGUCAGUUCCACUACAUUGACCAGAAUGGCAAGGACCAAGGGAUCAACGUGCGGAACCGGGCGAAGGAGCUGGCCGAGCUGCUGGGUGAUGUCGACCGCAUACGAGCCGAGCGCAAAAAGGCCCGCGCAAACAAGGCCAAAUACACCGGUGUCGAAGGUGGAUCAGGUGGCUUCUCGAGCGGCAGCGGCGGGCGUUUUGGCGGGUUUGGUAGCGAGUCUGGUGGCUAUGGGGGGAGCAGCGCCAACUACGGUGGAUAUUCUGGUGGUGUUUACGGCGAUGGCGGCGGGUUCGGAGGUCAGACAGACGACUGGCGUGGGGAGAGCAGCGGUGGUGGUGGCAGCAGCAGCCGUGCGGACAAGUUUGAGGAAUACGACGAAUUUGACGAGGGCGAGAAAAAGACUACUGCGUCGAGCAGCUCGGGUCGUGCCGGCGUCAAGCGAACCACUGGCGGGUCUUCUUCCGCACCUAAAAAGGCUGAGCCGCCAAAGAAGGAGCCCGAGGUCGACCUCUUCUCUUUUGACGAGCCGGAAACGACAUCCAUCUCGGCCCCAACCGUGGCGCCAUCAUCCAGCUCAGGCCUUGCCGCUUUGUCUUCCGCCAACGACGACGACGAUGAUUUUGAUGACUUCCAGUCCGCCGCCCCAGUCAACAGUGGCGGGCAGCCCUUGGCGGCUCCAUUGACGUCGAAUGCCUCGAGCGCACAGUUUGCCGCACCCAAGCCUGUGUCGGCUCCUCAACAGGCCAACUUGGGCAACAUGGUCGGCCUUUCCUCCAUCUCGCCGACCCCUGCAGCUUCGGCCAUCUCCCCGCCCCCCACCGCCAACUAUUCUUCUCUUAGCACUCCCCUCGCAGCCACGCCCUCGGGACCGCCCAAGCCAACUGGUUACUCGGCCGCCCAGCCCAACUAUUUUACAUCGGUCCAGGCUGGCGCCAGCCAAUCAACUCCGUCACUGCAAUCACGGCAGUCUACCUCUUCCGUUGGCUUCGGUGCCUCGACACCCAUGUCCUCAACCAGUGCAUCGCUUGGGGCUCCCAAGCCCAAUGCGGCGGCCAAGCCGGCGAGCGGCGAUGCCUUUGGCUCCCUAUGGUCGCAGGCUAGCAUCGGUGUCAAGAAGUCGACGACGCCAAGCGCUGGACCGGCGAUGGGUCAACUUGCCAAGGAAAAGAGCGCAGCCGGCAUCUGGGGCGCGCCUGCCACUUCUGGCAGCUCGUCCGGGGCAAACAAGCCUGCCGGCGGAAGCUCCCAGGGCGGUGCUAUGGGUGACCUCCUCGGCUGA